CCUCCCUUGGGCAGCGAGUUCACCUCCCCGAAAAUCACGUUAUUGACCCGCUCUGAGCAAGGCUCAGCGAGCAAGGCUGGUCCAGGUGAGCAUGGACAGCCCGGGGAAGGAAGGCGUGGGGGGCAGGAGAAGGAAUUUGUGCCUGCUGAGGAGCAAGCUGUACAUAGGGGAGAGGAGGAGGACGGAGCCCGUGGUGGAGAGCGCAGACGCCGGGGACCACAGCACCUUGAGGAGGAGUCAGUCGGACAGGACAGAGUACAGCCAGAAAUUACAAGAAAAAAUGGCCCCACAGGUGGAUUCCUCACCCACAGCCAUCUCACCGCAGGAGGAUGAAGAACAAGUUAGCAGACGUAUGAUGGCAAAGAGGGUGAAAAUCAUUGCAGAACUCAUGCAGACGGAGAAAGACUAUAUCAGCGACCUGGAUCUCUGCAUCAAGGAAGUGAUUCAGCCCUUGAGAAACAAGCAGAUUGCUCGCUUUGAUGUGGAUGGCUUGUUUAGCAACAUUGAAUUGGUCCAUCAAGUAUCAGCCAAACUGCUGUCACUGUUGGAAGAAGCCACGACAGAUGUGGAACCACCCAUGCAAAUAAUCGGGGAAGUGUUCUUGCAGAUUAAAGGCCCACUAGAAGACACAUAUAAAAUAUACUGCUAUCGCCACGAUGAUGCACACACCAUGCUGGAAUCCUAUGAAAAGGAUGAAGAACUGAAGCAGCAUUUAAGACACUGUGUACAGUCCUUAAAAAAGAUAUAUGAGGAAGAAGGAAAGCCAAAUCUAAUGGACAUGGGAUCCCUGAUGAUCAAACCAGUGCAGCGAGUGAUGAAAUAUCCUUUGUUACUCUGUGAACUCUUGAAUUCAACUCCUGCUUCUCACCCUGACCACAAAGUGCUACAAGAUGCCCUUUUUGCCAUGAAAAACAUUAAUAUGAACAUCAAUGAACUUAAAAGGAGGAAAGAUUUAGUGCUGAAGUAUAAGAGAAAUGAUGAUGAAGAAACCCUUAAAGAAAAGUUUGCCCGACUGAAUAUCCACUCCAUUAGCAAGAAAUCCAAGAGGGUCACCAGCCAUCUGAAAAUACUGACGGGGGGAGAACCUCAGGUAAAAGAUCAAACUUUUAAUAAGGAAGAAAAGUUGUUUCGAAGUUUAGAGAAGACUGUGAAAUUGUGCAUAAAGAAUAUCUCACUCUCCUCUCAACAUCUACAGGAUUCCAUACAUCUGGCUGCACAGAAUAUAACCGGGCUUCAGGAAAUCUUGCAAGACAAAGACGAAGUCAACAACUCCUUGAAAAAACGGAAUACCAUGGCAAAUCUCUGUGAAGACCUUGUGGCUCAGCUGGACAAGCUGGUUUUAACUCCUCUAUCAGCACUACAAGCCUUGUUUUCUGGCCCACAAAAGCUCAUCCAGAAGCGCUAUGACAAGUUGUUGGACUACAACAGCUACCUUCAGAGGUCAUCAGGAGAUGAGCUGGACCUGGCAAAGAAAGACUAUGAGGCUCUAAAUGCACAGCUAGUAGAAGAACUUCAGGUAUUCAACAGAGCAGCCAAAAACAUUGUGUCGAACUGCCUACAUUGCUUCAUCAGUCUCCUCAGGAAUAUCAUGUCUGCAGCACUUCAGUCAAAUUCUGCUGUGGUGGUACCUGUUCCACUGUCUUCCUCAAGCAUCUGUGAAGUGCAGAAUCAAUUGAUGGAGGAGGUUCACAAGUUGAAUUUUGUAAAAGAAAACAGCAGUGCAACCUUUAUUGAGAGAAAAUUGAGCCUAGAAAAAAAGAAACCUGUCCCUUCACCACCCGAAUUGCCACGUCAAACAGAAGGCCAUCGGUCCAAGCUAUUGUCUACGUACAGCACAGAAUUGCUAUACCAAGCUAAGCGCAAGUGCAAUGCCACACAGGAAUUUGAUAUUGAUUUACAUGAAGGAGAACUGGUGGCUGUUGUGGAGCAAAAAGAUCCCUUCGGAAGUACGAGCAGAUGGCUUGUUGACACAGGAAUCCUUAAAGGGUAUGUGUAUUCCUCCUUCCUGAGGCCUUACAAUCCAGCCAAAGUGCAGAAGGACGUAGCAGAAAACAGCUUUGGUGAUGACGAUUUUGAUAAUCUCAGCCUCUUUGUCUCUUCACGGCCCUCCGCUGACAGCAGCACAAGAAGUCUGGGGCACAAGAGUGACAGCAGCUCAUCUCUCCACUCCUAUGAAACCCUCUCAAUUAAUGGUGCAGAAAGUGGUGCUUUUCACAAUAUGGAUGAUCAACAGACCUUCUAUGCUGUUUAUGCAUUUCAAGCAAGAAAUGAUCAGGAACUCAGUCUUCAGGAGUACCAGAAGGUUACGAUACUUCGUUUUUCUGACCUGAGUGGCAAUAAAGAGUGGUGGCUAGCAGAAGCACAAGGUCAGAAAGGAUAUGUACCAUCUAAUUUCCUCGGGAAGAUGACAUAUGCUUAGGAACAGAAAGAACCAAGACAAUUUCUCUGAGACAGAAUAAUCACGCGCUAUGGUUUGCAGCAAGCAAGGCAAACUCACAAGUGAUUGACAGAAGCCAUGGUAUCUCGUACAGCACACGGAUGAUAUUGAGAACCUCCAGCCUCCAAAAGCCAUCAUCUUUUCAAGACCUGAGGGAGGAAACAUUUAACACGAAGACUGAUUCUGAUUAAGACCCUGAAGACCUUGCUUUUCUACUACCCUAUAAUAUUCUGUCAGAAUCCUACAUCAAAAGUCACCCUACAAGUAGAAAUCACAGCUACAAUUAUGUUGGGUUUUUAUGAUGUUUGGUAAAUAAUACUCAGGAUGAAGAGAAUUAGUCUCGAAAAAUGACAAAUUCAAUCUUCAGGGAUUCUGCAGUUCAGGAUACAUUGUUCCUGGACCCUUCUCUUGGUGAACACAGAGACAUCUUAAAACUUGAGCUUUUUGUAUGGGUGUUUUUACCCUCAGCCACUUUUAUAAUGAACUUUUUUUCAGUGGCGGUUGUUGGAGUAGGAAAAGAAAAAUGGUUUAAUUUUUGUAGGGAACAUUUCAACUUAAAAUAUACCAAAAUUAGUGGUACCAGUGGCCAGUCCCAAGGAAUAAUGUACGUUUAGUUAAAUAUAGAAAAGGGGAGAGGGCAAGAGGGGACAAAAGAAACAGGUACUGUGAAAUAAAGAAGUCAUAAUUUUACAAA